ACUUCACGGGAACCUUUACAGCGAGCAUUUGUUUCGUCGGACUGUUUUUUAUGGAGCACCGAAGAGCACUCCGGCGGACUUUUUGAUUUCCCAUUUGUGCGGCGCUCUGGCCGUCUGCCCUCCGCCAAGUCUGUGAUGUUUGUGCUUCGCAACCAAAACAUGUCUUAUCACCGUCUUAUUGUUUCCUCUCCUGCUCCCUCACCGCAAACACACGCCGUUAGAGUCAACUUCGUUUGUAAACCCGUGUCAAGAGUCAACCUGGUGUCAUGUUAGUGAGCGUCCACCUACUCCCACCUAUGACAGAACUAGUAGAUCUUCUUCAGCAUGAGCACCUCAGGUCCUCCUUCGAAGAAGAAGAGCUACAUGGGGCUGCACCACGUCAAGAAGAAGCAAUGUUUCCAAGCUGCUGAUGAACCACCAGACGGGAGCAGGCUGUUCCAAAAACCCCAUAUUGUAUCAGGCAAAUCAAGCAUGAGCAAAGGCGCCCCGAACCGAGGAGGAGCAGUGUGUCCUCUGGGAGAAUCCACAUUGGCUCUUGAUGAAGAAAUUCUGCAGGUGUUGGACGCCGUAGACCCGGUGAGGCCAACGACGGCAAACAGGGGUGCGCAUAAAAAGCCGGCACCACCGCGCCACAGCAGCACCCAGCAGGAGGCCCGGGGGCCUGGUGCUGGCGACGGUGAGCGACCAGGAUGGCGAGCCGAUUGCAAAGACCUCGCACAGAGGCUUCUCUUCGGUGAGGACUCUGAGGAAGCAGAGUAUGCUCAGAGGGGCCCGAAGGGCAUCCAGCCCCCACCGGCCUCCUCCUGCAUCAAUGCAACGUCCGCUCAGGGCAAACAGCUGACCAACAGUCAGCAAGCAGGCAGCUCCAGCAAUAAGCAGCAGCUUCCAUCCAGGAGAAAAAGCUCUCCACGUAGCGGGUCAAACGUGAAGGCCGAUCCACCCCUGGAUGUAUCCAGGGACUACAUCUUGUUCAGCCCGAGCCGCCUCGCGGCCGCCACGAGGAGGGCCAAACUCCAGCCGUCAUUCCAGAAUCAGUCCGCCUCUGUGCUCGUCGUCCCCAGCGGUUUGGACCUGAGCACUCUCAGCGACACUCUGCCUCAGCCAGGCAUCGCCUUCUGUGCUCCGGCGGGGCAAGCCGAAAAGCUGCUGCUUUGCAACUGGGGCUUACCAAAAGCUGUCCUGGCGUGCUACCAGAAGCACGGCGUGACCCACAUGUUCGAAUGGCAGGCUCAGUGCCUCGCUGCCGGACAGGCGCUGCAGGGAGGGAACCUGGUGUACUCGGCCCCCACAAGUGCAGGAAAAACUCUGGUGUCGGAGUUGCUGAUGUUGAAGCGUGUGCUGGAGACGAAAAGAAAAGCUCUGUUCAUACUGCCAUUUGUCUCCGUGGCUAAAGAGAAGAUGCAUUACCUUCGGAGUGUAUUUGAAGAGGCAGGAGUUCGUGUGGAGGGGUACAUGGGCAGCACCUCGGCUGCUGGAGGAUUCGCAGCGCUGGAUGUGGCUGUGUGCACUAUAGAAAAAGCCAAUUCUCUCAUCAACAGACUCAUUGAAGAGGACAACAUGGCUCUACUAGGUAUGGUGGUGGUGGACGAGUUGCAUAUGGUCGGUGAUUCUGGAAGAGGAUACCUACUGGAACUGCUCUUAACCAAAAUCCGUUACAUAGCGCAGAAGCAGAACGCCACUGGGUCUCUCUCUGAGGGCGUACAGAUCGUAGGCAUGAGCGCCACCUUGCCCAACCUCGCCCUCCUGGCCAGCUGGUUGGGUGCAGAGCUUUACCAGACGGACUACAGGCCCGUACCCCUGCACGAGCACCUCAAGGUGGGCCGCGACGUCUACGACAAGAGCCUCGCCGUGGUCCGGCGGUUCACCCCGGCGCUCCGCGUCAAGGGCGACGAUGACCACAUAGUGAGCCUGUGCUACGAGACGGUGAGCGAGGGCCGCUCUGUGCUGUUGUUCUGCCCCUCAAAGAACUGGUGUGAGAAACUGUCGGACAGCAUCGCAAGAGAAUUCUACAACCUCCGACACACCGACCGCCGGGGCGAAGCGGAGCCAAAGCCGGUGGGUCUGGAUCGGGAGGGACUCGUGGACGUCGUGGCCCAGUUGAGACGAACUCCAGCUGGCUUGGACCCCACCCUCCAGCGAACUGUGCCAUGGGGGGUGGCCUUCCACCACGCUGGUUUGACGUUCGAUGAACGCGACGUGUUGGAAGGAGCCUUUCGCCAGAGCACCAUUAAAGUCCUGGCGGCGACCUCCACCCUCUCCUCGGGGGUGAAUCUCCCGGCUCGCAGGGUCAUCAUCCGAAGCCCCACCUUCAACGGACACCUGUUGGACCCGCUCACGUACAAACAGAUGGCAGGGCGGGCGGGGAGAAAAGGAGUGGACACGAUAGGUGAGAGUGUGCUGGUGUGUAAGGAGGCGGAGCGUCAGAAAGGUAUCAUUCUCCUCAAGGGUGCUCUUCAGCCAAUCAGCAGCUGCCUGGUGAGAAGGGAGGGAGACGGAGUCACCACCAGCAUGCUGCGAGCCAUCUUAGAGAUCAUCGUCGGAGGGGUGGCCAGCACUCCACAGGAUGUGCGGUCGUAUGCUUUGUGCUCACUGCUGGCUGCCAGCAUCAAAAGUAACGGCAAAAAAGAACCGACUGAGGACACCAACAAAGGAGCUAUAGAGGCCUGUGUUGAAUGGCUGAUGGAGAACGAGUUCAUCAGCAUCCAGAAGGACGGACAAGAGGAGCGGUACCAUCCCACUCAACUCGGUGCUGCCACCCUUUCCUCGUCCCUUUCCCCUCCCGAAGCUCUGGGAAUAUUUGCAGAUCUCCAACGGGCCAUGAAGGGCUUUGUGCUUGAAAACGACUUGCACAUUCUCUACCUGAUCACCCCGUUGUACGCUGAGUGGACCACCAUAGACUGGUACCAGUUCUUCUGUCAGUGGGAACAGCUGUCGUCAUCGAUGAAGAGAGUGGCGGAGCUGGUGGGCGUCCAGGAGGGUUUCCUUGCGAGAUCUGUCGGCGGGAAACUGGUCGCCAAGACAGAGAAGCAGCGUCGACAAAUGGCUGUUCACAAACGCUUUUUCACCACGCUUGUGCUGCAUGAUCUGGUGAAUGAGGUGCCUCUGGGAGCAGUGGCAUCGAAGUACAACUGCAAUCGUGGGCAGCUGCAGUCCCUCCAGCAGUCUGCUUCUACUUAUGCAGGUAUGGUGAUGGUGUUUUCCAAGCGCCUGGGCUGGCACAACAUGGAGCUGCUGCUGUCCCAGUACCAGACCAGGCUGAGCUUCGGAGUCCAGAGGGAGCUGGUGGACCUGGUCAGGGUUUCCCUGCUAAACGCCACACGAGCCAGAGCGCUGUACGCACAGGGCCUGUGCACGGUCGCUGAACUAGCCCGGGCUACUGUGGCUGAUGUGGAGAAAGCCCUGAGGAACGCUGUACCAUUUAAGAGCUCGAAGCGCGCGGUGGACGAGAGCGAGGUGGAGGCGGCCGAGCGCCGGAGCCUCCGCUGCGUCUGGGUCAGCGGCGGCCGAGCCCUGACGGAGCCGGAGGCCGCCUCUGAGAUCGUUUCCGAGGCCAGGCUCCUCCUUCAGGAAGACCUGGCGCAGUUAGGAAUUCGGUGGGACCCAGCAACUCUUCCACCGGGGGCUCCUGCUGCGGAGAGCGCCGCCGGUUCAGGCGCCUCGUCCGCAUCGCAUCUCGGCUCACGUGAAGCACGGGGCGACGCCCACACAGAUCACCGGGAAGGAGACCGGGUGGUGGAGGGGGAGCGUGGGGACACUGACGGACACGGGGAGGCCAGCAGAGGCCGUGGGAACUCCAGAAAGGUAGACGGGGCGGAGCCAGAUGUCAGACAAACGGUAAACGUAGUGCAAGUGGCAGGUGACUCCGAGGGUCCAGGCGGAAAACAAGAAUCGCAGGAAAGAUCGGAGCAAGGGGAGAAAUCUGAGCCGAAAGAAGGGGAGAGGAGUAGAGGGGGGGUCCCAGUUGGACCGGGAAAUGGUCCUGGUCCUGAAAGGAGCCUGACGCAGGAGUUGGCCGAGAUCGUUUCCAGCCCCUUGUUUGGACCAGUGGCGCAUCCUCUGCCCUCCUCUACCCCAACGCCCGCCCCCCGUUUCAGAGCGCCGGCGUCCCGAGCGGACGAACACCACCGAGUUCCUACGGGGACAUCGGACGUGCGCGCUGCCCCGGCGCUCGCCGAGUCACCCGCGCAACCGGGGAGAGUGAAGCACUCGAAGGCCUUAAGAAAAGUCCUCCACUCCAUACAAACAGACAAAAGCCCCCGGGAUCCUGUCGAGCCCUCGGCGGUUCCCUCGGUUCCAACGACUCCUCCCGGUGUCUCCGACGCGCCGGACUCCCCCCGGGGCGCCAGCCCUCCCUCCGUUCCACUGUUCUCCCCCGAGGCAAAGCGCCGGAGGCUGGACCGCAGGGAGGCCGACAAGUUCUCGUCCCCGGAGCUGUACGCGGUGGACGAAGAGGAGGCCGAGGGACGCGUCAAAGAGGAAGAGGAGAGUUUCGGCGACAGCUUUGAAUUGGACACCCAGACAGAGAGACUCAUGGUCCAGCAGCCAUGCCAACGCGAGGGAUCGGGGGAGAACGCGGGGGAGGAAAUGGCGGCCGCAGCUGUUGAGAAGGACACACUCGAGGGAAGUAAUGCACGGCCAAGAUUCAAUAUUUCCAUCACAGACAGCCAGAUGGAGCUCCUCCUUGACACCAGCCCCCCGAUCUCUCCGGGUCCUGGUGGGGAGGACGGAGUUAAAGACGAAGGUGACGACGAGAGCAUCAACAGAAGCAGCAGCUUCCUGUUUGACAGCCUGCACGGCAGCUCCACGCCGUGCCUGAGCCCGCCGCGGGUAUCCGGCCAAUCGGACGACGACGAGGAGGAGGAGGAAGAGCGCGAUGGCCGGGAGUUCCGAGGCACGCCUCCGUCGACCCAGGAGCGGAGGCGCAGCGAGCUUCUCGCCAACCAGGAGGCGGAAAGGCAGGAGGCCGUCCAGUGGGGCGAGUCCUCCUUCAACCUGUCGGAGUGGGGCGACUCGCUGCUGGUCGGCGAGCACUUCCUGGAGAGGCAGAGCUUGCUCAGACGGUCGGAGGGAAGUCACGAAGCUCAGCGACCCAACGGCGAGGACGUUCCGACCACGGGGCGGCUGCCUGAGUCACAGCGCGAAGCCGGCCGGGUACCGACGCGGCCCGCCACGAGGACCACGUCUCCCAGUGAGUACGACGAGGACAAAGCCAGCGAGGAUCAUGGCCUCGCACGAGGAACCAAACAUGGCGGGGGUGAGAAGGGUCGACGUGGGGAGCAAUUAGAGACAAAAGAGGAAAUGAACCCUUUGCUCUCAGUUAAUGCCGUUUUAAAACACGGCCAAACACAGAAUUCCACCGAAAGCUCUUUUCCUUGCAGCCAUGGUUUGCAAGAGAUCUUUGACCGCUGGCCUAGUAUGUCUGACCAGCCCUCGCCAAACGCCCCAACCGGCGAAAACGCUCCCUCCUUGACGCGGGCGCUCGGAGGAGGGGCGAAGUGGGCCGAUUCUCCAGAGGAACAACCCGACCCCAGGAGCGCAGCGGAGAGACCGGGCUCUGCUGGAGAUCUCAUUCCCCCGACGCAGGAAACGCCGCCCGUCACCCCCCGAGUCAAACUGACCACCUCCUCCGUCCGGUCGCCUCUCAUCGCUCAACCAAUCCCCCGGUCGGCCCUGCGGCCGCGGACGCCGGCGCUCGCGAAGCGCCCCGGGUCCCUCGCCGGACACGGCAAUCGUCCUGCAGAAGCCGACUCCACGUCGGAUCCCGACCACCACCGACGCCUCAGCCCCACUCGAGGCCCCCCGGCUCCCGCCUCCUCCUCCUCCUCCUCCCCCCAGCAGAGGCCUCCCUCUGAGGCUGGGGAGGUAUCUCCUCUCCAGCCGUCCCAGGGUGCGUCCCUCUCGUCCAGCUGCUCCGGCUCGUUCUCCAUCGUGGACGUGGCGAGCGACCGGCGCCUCUUUGACGCUUUCAUUAACGAGUGGAAGACGAAGGAGCGCUACUCUCUGGCUUUGGCCUGUGAGAAGCGGGAGCUCAGGCCGACGCCGGAGGAGCAAAUGGGAGGGAAACCCAAGAGAGCGUCAGCAGCUCAGCCAAAGCCCCGCGGUGAGGACGGCUUCCCGGUAAGAGACAGCGACGGACUGGUGUUGAUCGGACUCUCUGUCUGCUGGGGAGCAAGAGACGCGUACUACGUCUCUCUGCAGCAGGAGCAGAGCAAAGGGUUGAGCUCUAGUCUGGCCCCGCCCCCCCUGGACCACAACGUGACAGUAAGCGAGAGGCUGCGUGAGGCCAACGGCUGUCUGACCGCGCCGGCAACCGUGGUUGUCGCCUAUGACAUCAUCGAGGUCUACAAGAGGCUUGUGUUGAGCUGCGGCGUCAGCUUAGAGGGAAGCAGCGAGGACCCCAAGGUCGCCUGCUGGCUGCUGGACCCCGGCAGCGAGGAGAGGACUCUCCCCAACAUGGUGACCGUCCACUGUCCUGAAGAGCUGCCUCUGCUGGACGGCCUCGGAAACGCACACGCGCACUGCCCCCGCGUCAGGGCGGCGACCGAGAGCGUGCUUGUGCUGUCCGUCAUGGACCACCUCGCGGGCCUGCUGGACAAGGACGGCAUGCUAGGUACAUUCAGAAGCGUGGAGAUGCCCUCCCAGGUGUCUCUGGCAGUGUUGGAGUUGAACGGAAUGGGCUUCAGCGUCCAGGAGUCGGAAAGACAAAAGCACGUGAUGCAAGCCAAACUGGCGGCGCUGGAGUCGCGGGCGUACGACCUGGCCGGACACGGCUUCUCCCUCACCAGCGUCGACGACGUGGCACAGGUGCUGUUCUUGGAGCUUCACCUGCCUCCCAACGGGGAUGUGGGCGGCCCGAAGAGCAAGAAGACUCUGGGCUACACCAGGAGAGGAGCGGGGGGCCGGGUCCGACUCUGCAAGCAGUUCACCACCACCAAGGAUGUUCUGGAGAAGCUCCGCCCCCUGCACCCACUGCCCGGUGUCAUUCUGGAGUGGAGGCGGAUCACCAACGCCUUGACCAAAGUGGUGUUCCCCCUGCAGAGGGAGAAGCGGUACCACACCACACUGGCCAUGGACAGAAUCUACCCAAUUGCCCAGACGCACACGGCCACAGGUAGAGUCAGCUUCACUGAGCCCAACGUGCAGAACGUCCCCAAAGACUUUGAGAUCUACAUGCCGACCGUGGUGGGGGAGAGCCCACCGUCGCAAGACAGCUGCCACAUGACCUCCAGAUCCGGAAAGAAGAGACGUUCGGUGGUGCCCCCAGCUGCAGCUGGCCGCGCAAUACAAGGCCCGGCCUUCUCCGUCAGCAUGAGACACGCCUUCGUACCUUUUUCAGGCGGGAUGAUCUUGGCAGCAGACUAUUCUCAGCUGGAGCUGCGAGUGUUGGCUCACCUCUCCAAGGAUCAGCGUCUCCUGCAGGUGCUGAACGGGGGGGCCGACGUGUUCCGCUGCAUCGCCGCCGAGUGGAAAAGCGUCGACCCGGAGUCGGUGAAGGACGACCUCAGGCAACAGGCGAAACAGAUCUGCUACGGCAUCAUCUACGGGAUGGGCGCCAAGUCUUUGGGGGAGCAGAUGGGCGUGAAGGAGGACGACGCGGCCUGCUACAUAGAGAGCUUCAAGGCCCGAUACAAAGGGAUCAACGCUUUUCUCCGAGAAACCGUGAAGAAGUGCGCGAAGAGCGGCUACGUCCAGACCCUGAUGGGCCGCAGGAGGUACCUGCCGGGCAUCGCGGACGCCAACGCGCACGCCAAAGCGCACGCAGAGCGGCAGGCGGUGAACACCACGGUGCAGGGCUCGGCGGCGGACAUCGUUAAACUUGCCACGGUGAACAUCCAGAAGCGACUGCGAAGCGCGUACCCCGCGGCUCCGCUCUCUCACCGGCACGCGCGGCCAGCCGGCGGUCGGCUCGGGACGCGCCAACUCGGAGGCGCCUACUUGGUCCUGCAGCUGCACGACGAGCUCAUCUAUGAAACCACGGAGGAAGACCUCAUCCAGGUCGCUCAGAUAGUGAAGAGGGAGAUGGAGUCGGCAGUAAAGCUGUAUGUGAAGCUGAAGGCCAAAGUCAAGGCGGGACCCAGCUGGGGCAAUUUGGAGGACCUGGAUAUAUGAAUGAUGAUUGUUCAAAAGAGACGGGUCUCCUCCGUGUGCUAUAAGCAGGACUAUUAUAUUGGAGAGAAGGCAGAACUCUCCAGAACUAGGCAACUCUAACCAAAGCAUACUCCAUUGAUACAUAACAUGUCAGAUGGAAAAUGUGGUUGAACUGUCCCUUAAAGAUUCUGUAAUAUUAUUACUGUACCAUACUAAUCUUUAUUUUUAACUGCUACAUUAAUAAUGAAAUCCCACAUGAAUAGGAGCAUAUUUCUCUAUGAACUGUUGAAUGUAUUUAAAAUGUCACAAUGUAUACAUUUCUGUUGACGGCCCAGCUGUUUUUAUUGCUGAUAUCCAAUUACCUUUGAGUAUUGACUUAUGAGAUUUUAUAUACAAUGAUAAUCUAUGUAAUUACUUGUUUUUCUUUGUAAAGUGGUCUGUGUUUAUGCAAAUU